CCCGGUCGCUUCAGUUGCGUUACAUUCAUCGUUCAAGUUAGACAGUUAGCUGCUCACCGUCAUUCGCCGAUUUGCUUCGUACUUUUGGCCCGUUUGUUUUGUACCUUUUUAUAUGCAGUCAAAUAAAACUUUGAACUUUAAACGCACAGGAUGGGACGCCUUAAAGGCCAAGCUAGGCAGAGCAAAGAAGAGAUAGGCAAGAAAGCUUGCAUUCGCGAGCAUAAGCGAUUGAUGAAGAUGAACGUUUAUUACGAUCAUCUGCGCCAGCUGCUACACAUUCCAGCAAACACCUCGAAAGUCCUGACACUUGCUCAUACUGCAAUGUAUAUCGAUGUACUUGAGUUUGUUUUGAACACGGGUCGCAACGCAAAACGCACCGAUGCAACUGAAGAGUCGGCCGAAAAGUCAAACGCUGAGCCAGCGAUGGACUGCAACGGGGAGACAGCGUUCCUGUUGCGUGAUGACUUUCGAGCCAUUCUUCCUGCGGAUGAUCAAGAAACGCCUUUGCCCGAACUGCUCUACAAGUAUCCGUACAUACAGAAGCUGUUGGCCGGUGUAACAAGCAUGCCGCCGGAACCAGCAAACCAGCUCGACGACGAUGACUGUAAUGUAUACGACCAUAUAAUUCCAUCGCUCGUUGAGGUUCAGAUGGCAGGUUUGAAGGUAGAAUGUGAAGAACAGCCCGUAACUGAUGAGAAAGUAAAUGAGCAAAUCUUUACCGAUCAAACCCCUGCCACUUCAAAUCUCGGCGAAACGAACUCCGAACAAUUUUUAAUAAAACACUCCGCCCAAAUGCAAAGUCUACGAUUGGCACCGUGGAAUGCGUCCAACAACCACGAGCUCGAAUGUUUGCUGAUGAGUGAAAACGAACAGGACUUGGGACUUGUAUUGCCCACCUUUCCGUCGCUCAUAAGCAGCAUUCAAACUCGUCGGGAGGGUGAAACGUCCUGCCCGAACGUGACGCCACCCGUACUACAGCUAAACGAGGACAUGCUUACACUGGAACCGCAUGAAAGUGAGUGGGAAUUGCCUGAGGAUGUUUCGGAGUUUCUGCUCGACCAAUGGAAUUUGGACAUGGAGCGUUCUCUGGAACUAAUCAUGGAUUAUUAGACAAAGGACUCAUAAAGGCGAUCCAUUGGAUCGCACAGGUAAUAUUGCGUGAUCUCCAUCGUGCCAAGUAGAGAAUGUAUUUCUUGUCGAAACAAUUUGCUCCUUUUUGACAACCUCUCAAACGAGCGGUAAUUUUAAAUUAACGGUCACAGCAUGUUCAAGUGCUUUCAGGGUUUUUUUUUUUUGUAAAUAUGUGAUUGUGUUGUGAAGAGGGGCAGAGGCAAUUGUAAAUUGACUAACAUUUUCAUAUUUAUUGAAGCUUAAUAUUCCAUUAAUUUUACCUACAAGCCACAUAGAUUCAACCUAUUAUUUAUACACUAAACACAUUCCCAGGAAAAAAAAAACGAACAAUAGUAAUAACUUACAGAUACAAUAGGCAGUAUGUAUCAUGAUUAUUUUGAUUACCCAAUGUUCCUCCCAUUCGAUGAAAAUUCGUGAAAGUGCAGAUCACUCCAUAUAUAGUUCGCAAACGGGAUCUUUCGUCAAAUUGCUGUUUUUGGAUUUAUGGAGCUAAACAUUAAACAUCAUCAAAUUUGCCAUAUUUCAAAUUUACUAAAUACUAACUUACUAACAUAUUUCUUAUUUUCAAGUGUUUGAAGUUUGAUAAUUUUUAACAAAGUUUUCUCAACCUUCACUUUUUACCGUUAGGGUUUACUCAAUUUUUAAACUAAUCCUGCCUAACAAAUGACUAACAAAAUAUAUUUCAAUGGAGAAAUU